AUGUCUGAGAAAGGUUCACAUCCCGAUAAUGUUAUACCGCUGCAACCUCCUUCAAGAAGACGAACACCGUCUGCGACCUCUAAACCAAUAGAAUCAGUGUUUUCACAGCAAGAAAUAGAUUCCAACCGAUCUGAAAAACUCGACUCUACUAAACAUCCUUCAAAUCAAGAAAUGACACUGAACCCAGAUCCGAAAAAGUUACUCAGAAGUCCUUCUUUUGAAAGAAGCCUGGAUCGAGAAAGAAUUGGACAUGCAGGAAAAAGUUUUGUGUAUUUGAUGAAUGAAGAGGGGGGAAAAGAGUCUGUCGCUUCACUGCUAGCGAGUGUUAAAGAUGAAGAUGCAUUGUUGCUGGCCAAAAAACAAGCUAAUCAAAAAUCCCGAGCGCAUAGUCCUGUAAAUUUGGAACCGGUCAAGAAAGAAGCGCAUGAUGAUGGACAUCGUGCUUCAAAUUCUGUUCCCUCGGACCGAACUAUUUCCGCGUCACGCGCUUGCAAACAAUAUUUUGAGAAUAAAUAUAGGAUUAUUUCAGAAAUGUUAGAGGAGAAUAUCAAUUACAAUCCUUUGCAGAUAAUUAGGAAUCGUCAAGAAGAAAACUCCAAAGAUACCAUUGGGGCUGAUUCCGAAAGUAAUCAGUCAAUUCGUCCUAGAAAUACUGGUGGUAUUUCAUCGAAAAACUUUUGGGAUGUCACCAAUGAGGAAUUGAUAGCUUAUAAAAAUACUGUCGGAAACAAAAAAUCACAUAUGCACAAGGCAACAAUUGAAGAAAACUUGACGGAACAUUUCAACACAAAAAUAUUCGAAUAUCGAACAUCUUCGAGUGUGGAAUCACUUCCCAUCAUAAGAGUUGAAUCAAGUCCAGCAUCUUUUACUGGAAAGACCCAGAGUCGUCGUCUUUCUCAUCCAUCCAUGAAUAAUUUGUUUACUAAAGACUCGCUUACAAUCUACCAAGGAACUGAUAGUGUAAAUAAUAGUAAUAGUAAGGGUGAUACUGUUUAUUUUUCGGACGAAACAAGCUCCAACACGAAAAAAAGUUCUCGGGAUCAAAAACACAAUCGAUCUUUUAGCUUGAAUGGUGUCGAGAAGGAUGGAACGCACCACAGAAAAGCAAUAAGAUGGUCAUCGCUUUUUAGACGAAAACCCAAAAGCCAUAAACAUAUUCCAGAGGUAAUCACGCAUGAAGAAGAAACAAAUAAAGUCGAAGAAAAAAUAAAAAAUGAUGAAACUUUACAAGUGAAUCCGAACUUUGAGAAAAGAAAUUCAAUUUAUUCAAUAAAUUCAUCAGAAUCAUUAAUAAGCUUAUCAGAAUCAUCAGAUAAUGCGACAUGGCAAAGGAGUUCGCUGGAACAAUCGGGUACUUCUGUCGAUAAACCACCAGUACCGUUAGUUACUCCUGACGCUGAUUCAGGCACUAUAUCAGAUGAAGGUAAUCGCAGUAUAAGAAGUAUGAUGGCUUCAAGUGAUGUCGGAGAAAUUGAGAAGGAACAGCACCCAGAAAAUGCUGACAUUGAUAUGACAAAAGAUUUACUUGGUGUCGGGCAAAACGUGAAAGACGAUGAUCAGUAUUCUUCCGCAAGUUCUAGUGAAUUAUCUUCGGCAAGACAUUCUAUUGCAGAUGUCAAUUCAUCUGAUGAUUACAAAAGUCAUCAAGUGGAGCUGGAAAAAAUUAUUGACCGAUAUAAUAAAUGCAUUCAAGAGACUAGCGCGUUUUUGGAAUCAAAUCAAGCAAAUUUGGCUGACCGAUAUCAAGCUAUAGAUUCCGAUUUAUUUUUUUUCCACGACAUAGAAGAUAUGGAUUUUGUUCAAUCACCCAAACCAAUUAGUGAAGAUUCGAGUCGAGAUAAUUACAAAACUAAUGAAUCAUCUUCAGUCAGAACUGAAAUGCAGAUUGAAAUUGGGCUUAAAAUGUUUGAAACAGACUUGCAAGAAUUUGAAGCUAUGAGGAAAAAUUUGGAUGAACAACAUGCAAGCUUAUCAGAGGAAAUGGAUUCAACUUUGGAAAAAAUCGGAGACAUGUCUUUAGUAGUGAACAAUAAUUACUUUCAUGAGCUCAAGUUAUUGGAAGAUGACAUGCAAUUGCUAACAGAACGGGACAAAUCUUUAUGGCUCGAUAUUUUCUAUUCAUUAUUAUCAUACGUGAUUGCAGGUGUCACCAACGAGACCGAUUCAUCAUCGUUAAUUUUAAAGGAUUCUUUGUUGAACAGUAACAUACGUAAAAAGCUAGAAGGAUUAGUAUUGAGACAUUCUGUAUUACUGAAAGAGUUUGAUGAAAAAGAUUCGACCAUCAAAGAUCCAGAAGCAUUUGCCUCGCUAUCAAAAGAACUUUCCAAUAUUGGAAAUAUCAUUGAGCCAUAUAAAGAGCUAAAAACCGUACAAAAUGAAUUGCUUGAAAUUUCACAAAUGAUAGCUGAUUCCAAAAACGAUCAGGAUUUAAAGGCUAUGGCACAGGAAGAAUACAAACGAACAAAAGAUCAAAUUCGUGAGUUAGAACGAACUAUUGUCACCGAAUUACUUCCUAAAGAUAGUGCAGAUGAAGGAAGCGCAAUUCUCGAAAUUCGAGCUGGGGCUGGUGGUGACGAGGCAGCAAUUUUUGCUGGUGAAAUCUUACGAAUGUAUGAGAAAUAUGCUUUUUUACAAAAAUGGAGGUUCGAAAUUUUGAGUAUAUCCGAGGAUUCAAUAGGCGCGAUGAAAGAAGCAACAGCUUCAAUAACAGGUAUGGCAGUAUUUGGAAAUAUGAAAUAUGAAUCCGGCGUGCAUCGUGUACAACGCGUUCCCGCUACGGAAAAUCAAGGUCGCGUGCACACAAGUACCAUCACGGUGGCAAUUCUUCCACAAGCAACAGAUGUCGAAGUGGAUAUCAAAGAUUCAGAUUUAAAAAUUGAUUAUUAUCGUGCCAGUGGUAAAGGUGGUCAACAUGUGAAUAAAACUGAGAGUGCUGCUCGAGUUACACAUCUUCCCACUGGUUUGGUAGUUGCCAUUCAGGAUGAACGCUCUCAACCAAAGAAUAAAGCUAAAGCAUUAAGAAUCUUACGUGCAAAAUUAUAUGAAAUGGAACGAAAUAAGUUGCAUAAUGAAAGAAUAGAUUCACGUCGGCAGCAGAUCGGAACUGCUGAAAGAUCAGAAAAAAUACGUACUUAUAAUUAUCCACAGAAUCGAGUUACAGACCAUCGACUUAAUCUUACUCUAUAUGAGCUGGAGAAUGUGAUGAAUGGAAUCUCUUUGCAAACGAUCAUUGAUAAUUGUAAACUUCAUUUUCAGACUGAGGCACUUGCAAAUUUUUUGUAA